AAUAUGGAGUGCCAUAGUGCGCUCAGACUGCACCUGGACGUUCAUAAAUUUGUUUCCCUCUCGGAGCGUUCAGAGCGCCCACUGGACGCUUUGGCUAGCAGUCAAGCACCCAAGCUAACUGGCUAAAGGUGGCUAAAUUGCUAGCUACUUCAAGACACAAAUGAAAGAACACCUAACUCUAACCAUUGUACUCGCCAUAGCAGAGCAGAUUAGGCUUUUUUUCAUGUUAUCUAGAGCGUUUGUGACUAACUGUGCUGCUGGCAACAAUUUCAUAGUUUUUUUGCCAACUUCUACCGACCGGUAAUUUUCGAUGGGUGUUGCACGUUCGUAAAUUCAUCAGUUAUUCAGCGUUCUGGCACAAACGAGAGUGCUCUGAAAUUGGAGUAGAUAACCAGAGUUCAUUUACGAACGCACCCGAGAGUGCUCUGAAAUCUGAGUAGAUUGCCACAAUGAAUAUACAAGCGCACCCCUACUCUGAUUUCAGUACCAGAACACAAUAACUAGCUAAUGAAUUUCUGAACGCACAACACCUGUUGGAUAGUACAGGUAUCAGGAAAAAACGUUAUUAAAUUGUUGCCAGCAGCGCAGUUACAGUCACCAACUCUCUAGAUGACAUGAAAACAGCUUAACCUGCUCUGCUAGCGCGAGUUAACUGGGUAGAGUGACGUGUUCUCUCAUUUAUGUCUGGAAGUAACUAGCAAGCUAGCCAACUUUAGCCAGUUAUCUUGGGUGCUCGACUGCCGUUGUGAGGUCAGAACGCUCGGAUCAACCCUAAUCCUCGGCCAGAGCGUCAACUGUGCGCUCUGAAUUUUCGAACGAACAAUCUGACAUUUCUCUAAAUUUACGGACGCACAGAGCGCACUCUGGCACUCCAGAGCGAAUUUACGAACACACCCCAAGUUGAUCGCGAGGCAGCGGCAGCAGCUCACAUAUCCAUGGCUACCCGGAUGGUGCAACUCGCUCAGCCCAAACCCAGUCUGCUCCGAUUCCCUGACCGACGGUCAGUCUACUGGCUAGAUGAACUCCCACCUGAAAGAAAUGGCUCCACCCCCACGUUUGAGUUGACUCCCCACUGGUCCCAGCUGUGUGGCAGGAAGCGGCUUAAUUCUGGGUUUGAACAGAGCAGGUUAUCUCCCCAAUGGGAGGUCAGUGUAGCAGCUUUGAGUGCCUAUCCAUCCAAUAGACUGUGUUCUCUGGCUUUGCCCCGCCUCCCCACCAUAGGCUGGGAACCUGACCGCCCCCUACUGGCCUCCCUGAGCAGAGCGGUGCAGACUGCAGUAGCCAGUCCUAGGGUCUGCCAGUUGGCCUGUCCCAAGCGGAGGCAUGGUCUCUAUUCGCCCCAUUUGUCCAAGACCUCACUGGCACCCCCCCACCCAGCUGCAACCUCCUCCCGACUACAGCUCCUUGCCCUCCCUAAGUCUGACCACCCCCAGUAUGCCCAGGACCGUCCAGUCAUCUGGCCAGUACCUGGGCCAGUGAGGAAGGCAGUAGCCAGUGAGAGGGUGCAGGUCCUUUCACGGCCCAACCAGCGGAAGGCGCUGUUCCAAGGCUACAACCCGUACACGGUUACCCUAGCUGCACGCUCCGCUAGCGCCUCGCCGCGCCUACAGGAGCUUUGUCUGCCCCUGCCGCGGAAAUGCAAGGGCAAAUAGACGAAUGCAUCUCAUCUCACACCUCUACAGUACCUCCAGCCGCCUCUUCUUCAGAUACUCUGUCUCCUGUACAGCAUGUCUAUGUCCCUGAUCACCACUGCUUCAUAAUAAAGACCCUCUAUGAUCUCA